AUGAAAAUCACCCCACUGUGCUAUUUCCCCUCCUCCCUUCCCUUCCCAUCCUCUCCCUCCUCCUGGCGUGCUGCGGUGAAAGUUGCCGGUGCGUCACAGUGCAGCACGCUGCCUCAACUGCAUCACCAUCGUUAUUCUCUGCGGGAAGGACAAACACGCCGUGACAUGACUUUCCUAUCAGUAUUGGCUGUGUUGACCCUUGUGGUUAGCAUUGAAGGAAGUGUUGGCCCAAGCACCAAUAGCAGCUUUUGCACAGAGUCAAAGGAAUGUCUGGAGUUUGAACUGGUCUGCAAAACGGAUGAAUAUGAAGUGCGACACUACAGCCCCACCCGCUGGGUGUCCACUGACGCCGAGGCCUACUUCAUGGGAGUGGGUGCGGCCAUGGCUUUCAGGAGGCUUUUUCAGUACAUCACCGGUGCAAAUGAAGCGGGCAUCCAGAUGGAGAUGACCGCUCCCGUGCUGGUUAAAAUCCCCGAAGAAACCAAAAUGUGGGAACCGGCAGUCUAUACGCUCAAUUUCCCGCUGCCACAAGCCUAUCAGGACAAGCCGCCCGCACCCACCAAUGACAAGUUGUAUUUCACCGAAAUGCCCGAGAUGGACGUCUACGUGCGCAGCUAUGGAGGUUGGAUGUUAUCGGUGACAUCUAGGCUUCAUGCGCAUCUGCUGACUAAAGAGCUGGAGCGAGUGCGGGCAUCGUACAACCACACCUACCACUAUGGGGUCGGGUAUGACAGCCCAUUAAAGCUACUCAACAGACACAACGAAGUAUGGUACAUCUCCGAGGGUCGGCCGGUGUGCUCGGAUCCACAAGAGCCCACCCCAGCCCACAUCGCCAGGACACCGGAUCCCCUCCCCGACAUGACCACCAACAUGACAUCAUCCGACACAUCGGACACCUCCGUCGUCACGACCGCCGGGCCAUCUAUUUCCUUUAGCCCCACCCUCGCCUCGACUCAAGUUCCGACGCACACGCCCUCCAACAACGCAACGGGAUCCACCUCGCCGGAGCCCCAAGUAGACACCACCCACUGGAACAGCACAGAGCGCAAUAUAGCUACUCAAGAUGCCGUCUGA